AUGCUAUCAUCUCGACGCUUGCUGACCCAAAGGGCUUCUUCACGGCGAUGCAUUGAACGCUCUACGACGAAGCGAAUAAAGUCGACCGCUUCGGCUGGAACUAUGCAUCAGACGGCAGACCGUCCAACAAACACGCAACUGUGGCGGGUCUUUCGAAAUGCUGCAGUCCCAAUGAUUGGAUUUGGAUUCACAGAUCAGACUGUCAUGCUGCAAGCGGGUAACGCAAUUGAUUGUACCCUAGGAGUCACUUUUGGUCUCAGCACAUUGACUGCUGCUGCAUUUGGACAAAUCGUUUCGGACGCUUCUGGUGUCUUGUUUGGAGGAACAGUGGAAAGAAUGGCCAAAAUGGCAGGUUUGUCACCCGCCAAUUUAACGGCAGCACAGAGAGCACUGCCGAUUGUUGGGCAAGCUCGAUUGAUGGGAAAUCUCGCAGGGAUCGUUUUGGGAUGCAUAUUGGGGCUGGUCAAUCUACUCUUUAUCGAUACUGGUCGAUCUUCGACUUUAAAGUUGCAAGCAUUCAACGAGGAACAGCAAUUUGAGUUUGAAGUGGAAGCUUCGAACGCCAUUCGAAAUGAUGCGACGGUAUUGACGGUUCAUGGGCCUGAUGUUGAUGGUUUAUUGGCAUCCAUGACAGCUGCACUAUCAGCAGGUGGCUGCUCCAUUGUCGAGAUUCAGGCAAAGCGAAAAGAUAAGACCGAUGACACUGAGAAGACUGCGAUUACAGAUACUUUCCAUGUUGUCGACAAGGCAACUGGCGAACAAUUUGACGACGACGACAUGGAAGCGUUGGCUCAAGCAUUGUUGGAUUCGACACGAACACCAAUGAAUUUGAACAGCGUAAAAGCAGCCAUGAAUGAAUUGGAAACUUCGAAUGCCGUCUUGAGGUCGAGAGUAAAGAAGCUUGAGGGCGUCAUUCAUGACAGACAGAUAACACUGGUCUCGUCAACCGGUGCAGAGCGACACCCCGUUUCAAUGGACUAG